AGACAGCGGAUCAUGUGACAGCAGCAAGUCUCUGAGCGACAAAAGCGCACAGACCAACACUCAGCCACACAGUGAGACGCGGACGCACACACCGAGAGGAGAGUUUCGUAACUCCGGGAAGUUUUGCGGAGCCAUCGAUCACUUGGUCUUGUUUUCUCUGAGCCUGAUGUCAGUGACACAGCGGAGCUCUGGUCGCCGCCUGCGUCACCUUUUCAGCGGAGUUGCCUGAUCGAGUUUUUAUUUUUUUGUUCCCACCGGAGACGGAGCCGAUCAGCAAGGCAGCAGUGAAACCAGCGUCUGUCCUGCCGGAAUAGACUGAGUCCUCCAUCCGAGAAGAGCCUGGCCUGUGCAGCCAUGCUGAUGUAUGAUUACCCUCUGAAGACAGACAUGGAGACGUCAUUCUACUCAUCGCUGGUGAAAACCCCGGAGCCGUACGGAGUCAUCUUCCCUCAUCCCGCCCCCUACCGGAUGCACAUGCACCCCUUCCCCCAGUCUCACACGCCCAGCAACCAAACGCACACCCAGCUGGAGCCGGUGGACCUGUCCGUCAGCAAGCGCUCCUCCUCCUCCACCUCCUCUUCCUCCUCCCCUCCCCGCUCCUCUGCCUCCUCCCCCGCCUCCCCUCGCAGCUCCCCACCGUCCCCUUACAGCUCGGCGAGCCGCGCCUCCCCCCGCUGCUCACCGCCACACUCCCAGCCGCGCUCGUCGCCCUCCCACACCCUCCCACCGCCCACUCCCUCACUUCCUUACCACACCGUGGUGGCCCCUCUGCUCAGCUCGGGCAUCCAGGGGUCAGGGGUCAUGGUGUCCCCCGUCAUGGUGCCCCUGCCUGUCCUCUACUCCUCACCCCUUCAUCUGCACCAGCCGUUAAUGGUGAGCCCACCUGUCACCAGUGAGGACGAGCGUCAUCGGAGCAGGGAGCACAGGACAGCUCACUCCUCGAUGCCCCUGGAACUGCGAGAGGAAGCUCACGACCUUCACAAGCCGAUCAAAACAGAGACUCGCUCUGAAUUCACUCACGACCCCCUCAGCCAUGAGAUGAAGCCAUCCGUCAUCAGGAUACAACACGAGUACGAAGGGAACAACCCGUCAGUAAUAGUUCGUCCGGGCGCAAAGCAUCCUCUCUCUGCCGAAUCUCCCGACCCUCUGAAAAAGCGGAGGAUUCACCGCUGCGACUUCAACGGCUGCAACAAAGUGUACACCAAGAGCUCUCACCUCAAAGCACAUCGCAGGACACACACCGGGGAGAAACCCUACAAGUGCAUGUGGGAAGGCUGCACGUGGAAGUUCGCCCGUUCAGACGAGUUGACGAGACACUUCCGCAAGCACACGGGAGUCAAACCGUUCCAGUGUCCCGACUGUGAACGCAGCUUCUCCCGCUCCGACCACCUGGCUUUACACAAGAAACGCCACCUUCUGGUGUGAAACCCUCCACCGGGCCACUUGAAACAAACUCAUUGCUGGGUUCAGUGUUGGACUUUGCCACUUUGACUGGCGGUGGAGGGGUGGAUUUAACACAGCUGGCCUUACACAUUGGACUCUGACAGGGAGUGGGGAAAUGUUCCUCAGGGUGCAUGUUUAGACCCUUUCACCUCAUUAGCCUGAAUAUGAGCUGGUGUCAGCUUGCUACUCUGUGCAGAUUUAUCACUAGCUCAUUGCAACACUUUUUUUUUAAAAACAGAAAUGCGGUAGCUGUACCAGACCUCUGAUCAGCUGCAGAAGGUCCAGAGCGGCUGUAUCAUCUCAGCUGGCCUGAGAGCAGAACCGCCGUUUUCUGGCUGCAAACUGCAUCCGUCUGUUCGAGCCACAUGGCAUCCUCAAGCUUAUUAGUGCAACAUAAGCUCUCAUUUCUCUGCAUGCAUUCGAGUUAAAACUGUGGUCUUGGACACACACUUACACACACAUGCUAUUUGCUAGCUAGGCCAAUAAAAUGUGAAACUUUCCAGAAUGUAUCAUAUCACACCUCCUACUGUGCUACUCGUACACACAUUUAACUGCACACACACACAGCAGAACACAUGCACUUAUUAAAAAGUAGCUCAGCCUUGGUCUCGUGUGCUUUGGGGUUUAAAAACAAACAAAUGGGGGCUGUGGGUCUUGUUCAUUGUCAGAGUGAAGUGCUUUUUUUAUGUUUUCGUUCAGAAAUGUGAAAGUUGCUGCACAGGGGCAUUAUUGUAUUAGUGAGGAAAAGACACCACUCGGUUGGUUUAAGGGUAGAAGCAAUGAAAUAUCUUACCGUUGUCUUAUAUCAGGUUUAUGUAUCUAUGUUUUGGUUGACACCGUGGUAGCCUUUUUUUAUUGUCUUGACACUUUUAUAUGGGAAAAAUACCAAGUGCAAAGCAGGGAAAUUUGCUCGUAAUGUUUUUUGUUUGUCAUGAGCAGUUGAGAUGUAUUCCAGCUCACCUUAUAGGUGUUUUAAUUUAUACAUGCUCAAUGUUUUCAAUAUUCCCCAAUGAUUCUCUGAUUCCCGUCAAAGGUUAAUAAGAUAGCAGAUGACAUUCUGCAAGUAAAUGCCAUCAUGAUUUUUAGAGCACAAUGUUUUACAGCUUUUGGAGAACAAAAAAGUUUUGUUGAUAGCGUCUUUGUACAUCUCCAAUGUGCACUUUAUAUACAAAUAUAAAUAUAUAUGAAUACAGUAUAUUGUAUGACAUUCCCAAAGCCAAAUAUUUUAAACACAGAUUUGCUAGUUGGUGUGAUCAGAAACAUUCAGCAGGUGUCUUCGUUUGUCAUUUGUUUUUAUCAUGUAAUGCCAGAAGAAGGUGUGACAGUUCAUUUAUUUACAUGUACACAAACACGCACCGAAUGUAGCACCUCAACUCAUCUGCAUUUGCUCCUGAAUACUCUUUGCAGUUUUGUUGCUUGUAUAUGUUUUUGUAUCUUUGCAAACACAAGUUGUAAUAUAUAUAUAUAUAAAUAUAUAUUAAUUGAUUAUUAGACUGAAAGGGCAAUUAAAGGUUUUUAUUAAGCAUGAUUUUGAUACUCUAUUAUACAUUUCUAUAAUGUGUCUGUAUCUCUUUUUAAUCUCUAUGUUGGCAAUUCAAAGGGAACGUGUUAAACUGUGAACAGGUCUGUCUGCAAUUUUGUAUUUUUAAACAGAAUAUUCUUACCACUUAAUAAACUUAUUGAUAAUA